CUCCGGAAAUACCAGCAAGUUGGGCUCAAUUGGUUAGUGUCCUUGCAGACUAGACGGCUGAACGGAAUUUUGGCAGAUGAGAUGGGCUUGGGAAAGACACUCCAGACAAUAUCGCUGUUUUCGUAUCUGGCUUCAUACAAAGGUAUAUGGGGACCCCACCUCGUGGUUGUUCCGACUUCUGUCAUCGUGAAUUGGGAGACUGAGCUCAAACGAUUUUGCCCGGCGUUGAAAGUUCUUUGCUACUACGGUCCAGCAAAGCGGCGUAAGGAGCUACGAACAGGCUGGACAAAGUCAAAUUGGUAUCAUGUUGUAAUCACAUCAUAUCAGCUGGCCGUCCAGGAUGCCUUUGCCUUCAAGCGCAAACGUUGGUACUAUAUGGUUCUUGACGAAGCGCAAAAUAUCAAAAAUUUCCAGAGUCAACGCUGGCAAACACUAAUAAAUUUCAACACCCAGCGUCGUCUCCUGCUGACAGGUACACCUCUUCAAAACAACCUGAUGGAGCUUUGGUCCCUGCUACAUUUUCUCAUGCCGUAUAUCUUCCGUUCCCGCAAGGAGUUUUCUUACUGGUUCGCCAACCCGAUGAAUGAUAUGAUUGAAGGAAGUGGAGCCAAAAAUAACGAUGUUGUUAGUCGUCUGCAUGGGAUCAUUCGCCCUUUUGUCCUUCGGCGACUGAAGAAAGACGUAGAAAAGCAGAUGCCUGGAAAGUUCGAACAUAUCGUUAAAUGUCAGCUAUCGCGACGACAG